AUGGAGUAAAGCAUCUGCGGGACAGAACAAGUAUCGGACGAAACAUGCUAUGGACAAUAUUACUACUGCUAUUUAAUGGACUCCUAAUACUGGUUUACGUUUACUCCAGUCGUACGAGACAGAAGAAUGAGCCACCUUUGGACAAAGGUGUCAUCCCAUGGCUCGGCCACGCUCUCGAGUUUGGAAAAGAUGCUGCAAAGUUUUUGGCCCGGAUGAAGGACAAACAUGGGGACAUCUUCACAGUCCGUGUUGCUGGUCAUUACGUGACAGUGCUGUUGGACCCAAACUCUUUCGAUGAGGUGCUGAACGACACCUUCUGCUUGGACUUUGCCCGCAGCAAAAAGCAGCUCUUACAAAGGAUCUUUUGUCUUCAGCUGCCGAGCAUCAAACCUACAGCGGAGAGGAAAUGGAUGGAACAGCAUUUUCAAGGUCUCAGCCUCUCCAAGCUAAGCAGUUCCAUGAAGGCACACCUUCAGAAGCUUCUGUUGAGUGACCAGACAGAUUGCCAACCUUCAAAGUGGACGCAGAACGGACUCUUUAGCCUUUGUUAUAGUCUACUCUUCAGGGCUGGGUAUUUGACCUUGUUCGAGAGGAUAGACGACGCUCCUGCAGUCUAUAAAGAGUUUCGCAAGUUUGAUGAUCUUCUACCAAAACUGGCUCGUUGCUCACUUAAACGAGGGGAAAGAAAAACAGCCGCUUUGUCCCGGGAGCGACUGUGGGAGCUUCUCUCUCCAAAGGGGGUAAGCUUCAGGCUGGAUUCAAACUCCUGGCAGCAGAGCUACCAUCACUUCCUGCAAGAGGAGGGAAUCGAUGCAGAAAUGCAAAACAGAGCUUUCCUCCUGCAGCUUUGGACCACACAGUGUAACACUGGACCUGCUGCCUUUUGGCUCCUUGGCUUCCUGCUCACUAACCCUGAGGCCAUGGAGGCUGUUAAAUCAGAGAUCAGAGACCUUACCCUCCAGCACCCCCUUAUCCACCCGCUGGAGGCACACAGCACACCUGUGUUUGAUAGUGUUUUGAGUGAAACCCUACGGCUUACCGCGGCCGUGAUGAUCAGCAGAGAGGUGGUGCAGGACAAAUGCCUGCGUAUGGCCAAUGGUCAGGAGUACCACCUCAGACAGGGGGACAGAGUAUGUCUGUUCCCCUUUCUCAGCCCUCAGAAUGACGCAGAGAUACACCUGCAACCACAGAUUUUUAAAUAUGAUCGCUUCUUAAACGAGGACAUGACAGUGAAAGAUACAUUCUACAAGGAAGGUAAAAGGCUGAAGUACAUCACCAUGCCUUGGGGAGCAGGGACAAACGUCUGUGUUGGGAAAGAGUUUGCUGUUACAACCAUUAAACAAUUUGUGUUCUUGUUCCUGACUCAUCUUGACCUGGAGUUGUGCAACCCAGAGGAUAAACUGCCUCCAGUGAACACCAGCCGCUACGGCUUUGGGAUGCUGCAGCCAGACGGAGAUCUUCAGAUCCGAUACAGACUGAAGAAGACACAGCCGGAAAUGUGAUUUGAUUAACUGUAAAUAAUGUGGAUUUAUAAACCUUUUUUAUAUGUACUGUAUCACUAUUUAUUUUUGGAUUUUCUCUCUGUCUAUAGUAUAUUUAUCUUUGGUUUUGGUAUUUUCAAUAAAAAGGACAAACUGA